ACGUGACCAACCAGCGCACUGAAGGGAAGGAACCGUAGUCACCGGGUAUCAGCUGACUCUUUCAUCCUGAAGACACUGGAGGAGGAGGACGACGACGACCAACAUGUGCACCAGCGUCCAGCCUGUUGAAUGGACCACUGACCUCAAGAACCAGAAUUUUGAUGGCGUCGUGUUGGUGACCCAGAGCCACGACACGCUGCCCUCGGAGCUCGAGAGUCUGAAAGCUCCACUGCAGGACUACAGCUCUGUGGACAGCGGUCUCGGGGAGGAGGUGGUGGUCCUGAAGGUCCCUGGUCUUCCUGGUAACCGCCUUGUGUUUGCCUCCACCGGCCCAGUAAACCGCGACUACGAUGACAUCAGGCGUUUCAACGAUGCAGCAGUCAACGGCAUCAAAAGGGCCUUGAAAGCAGGCAUGCAGCGCCCCCUGCUGGUCUGCCCUCCACAUAAGGACUAUAAGAACAACACUCUGGUGGCUGCGCUCGGCGCCCUUCAUGCUCUCUACAUGCCCCUGGAAGUGCGGGAGGUGAACCUAAAGCCCACCGACUUCAAGGUGUGUGUUCUGGGUCUGUGGGCAGCGCAGGAGGCGGAGGGAAAGAGACUGGUGGAGCUAGCCAAUGCUCUGGAGAGCGGGAGACUGGCAUGUCGUGACAUUGGAGGCUCGGACCCUGAACGUAUGGCUUCUCCCCGUGUGGCUGAUUACGUCCAGGAGCUCUUCAAGGACAGCCCUGUGCAGGUCGAAGUGGUGAGCGACCUGAAGGUUCUGGAGAAAGAGUACCCCUGUCUAGCUGCAGUCAACCGCUGUGCCAACAGUGUACCUCGUCACCAGGCCAGAGUGAUCAAGCUGCAGUACUGUGGAGAGGGGCCGGUCCAAACGACGCUCAUGUUGGUGGGAAAGGGCAUCACAUACGACACUGGCGGAGCAGACAUCAAGGCUGGUGGUUUCAUGGCUGGGAUGCACAGAGACAAGUGUGGAGCUGCUGCUGUGGCCGGCUUCUUCCAGAUUUUAGCCAAGUUGAAGCCAAAACAUCUGAAGGUCAUCGGCUCCAUGGCCAUGGUGAGGAACAGUGUCGGUGCAGACUGCUACGUGGCCGACGAACUGCUGGUUUCCCGUGCGGGUCGCAGAGUGAGAGUGGGAAACACAGAUGCUGAGGGACGUAUGGUGAUGGUCGACCUGCUCUGUGAGAUGAAGGAGAAGGCAGUACGUGAGACUUCUCCUCAACUGUUUACUAUUGCGACUCUGACUGGUCACGCCAUCAGAGCCAUGGGACCAGAGUACUCUAUCAUCAUGGAUAACGGACCGGCCAACCGCAGCAACAAUGCUGCUCAGUGGCAGAAAGCUGGAGACGUGUUGGGUGACAUGUUCGAGGUGUCCAGUAUCAGACGAGAGGACUACGAGUUCCACAAGGGAAAGUCUGAGUACGAGGAUAUUCUGCAGUGCAACAACCUGCCGUCCUCGGCUACACCUCGAGGACAUCAGACCCCUGCAGCUUUCCUCAUCAUGGCCUCGGGGCUUGACAAGCAUGGUGUGGAUUCUGCCAAACCUUUGCCGUACUCCCACAUUGACAUCGCUGGGUCCAGUGGUCCUUUCCCCGGCAUCCCAACAGGAGCCCCCAUCCUGGCCAUGGCAACAAACUACAUCCUGUCUGAUAGUCUCUAAACAGAUACCCCCAGUGUGAAAAGACGACUGUCUUUGCACUCAAUCCCAACACAAAUUUGUAACCGUCCAAAUAUAAAUGAAAUCCCUGCCACAUAAUACAAAAUGUGUCCUGUUUCAUGUCUGACAUUCCUUUACACUUCAGAUUGCUUUUCUGCAAUGCAAGAAUGCUCUUUUCUAAGAUGUUGUGUCGUGCGUCCUGUCUGCGCCAAGUGUCAGAUGACCCUGCUCUUAAGUGGUCUCAAUCAGUUUACACUCAGGGGUUAAAUGGCAGUAAAAAAACAUCCUUUUUGUGUCUGUAUGAGUGCGACAACCAGGGGACAUGGAUGUGUGAUUAGCGAUGCUGUGAGUCAAACCAAGCACUCCUUUAUUGAUCAAUAAAAAGUUGAAAAUU